AUGAGUGAUAUCGAUGAUGAGAUAUCCGGUAUUGAUGCAAGACCACCUUGGUUUUCUUUCGAAUUUCUUUUGAAUGAUUUCAUGCGUUUAAAAGGCUUCGUUGCCAAAAAUAAUGCUUACACAAAUGGUAAAUCUGGAUUCCAAAAUACCUCAAGUGUUAGUAAAACUGAUCCUUUUAUGGAUCUAUCUUUGGUUGAAAAGCCUCAAGCGAACCCAUAA